UGUGUGUGUGCCGUCCGUUCCAAUCUGCAUGAUGGUGUCUCUGCAUGCAUGCUACACACUAAUUAACUAACUAACUAACCACUUAACACUAAUUACUACCUAGUACUGUUGUUCUGCUGUACUUAUUCCGCACUUAUCCCCGUCUUUUUCGGUAGGAGCCUAGUCUUACUACUUACUUACUUUCUUUUUCUUCAACACACACCCCCCACACCCAUACCACUCACAACUUACACCCUCGAGUUACUGCCUACUGCCUACUUGCCUACUACUUUCUCGUGUUUAUGCGUCCGGUCCUUGUCGAAUGAUGUAUUGAUACCCUACCUUAUUCAACAUACUACAUACCCACUUUACGAGUUUAUGGUUGCUAGUUAAAGUUCCGAGUUACGAGGAUAUACCCUGGUUUUCAAUUACUUUAUUUUCUCUUGACGAUUUGGUGGUGCUGCGUUCCGAUGAUAUGAUACCCUUACUACACAGCCACGUCAAUUCCGCCUCCCAAUCACGCACACGCUACUUGCUCCUUGUUCUGGGAUUACUAUUGCAGGUACAUGUACCGCUGGUUGCGGGGGAUAAUAACUCUAAUUGCUCCUCUACUUCAACGAUAUCCUCUCAAUCUGAUGCGGACUCGCUCUCCUCGUGCGAUACCCUCUCCGGUACCCUGACUAUCUCCUCCUCUGCGACGGGCAGUAUCUCUCUCUCCAAUGUUGAGACUAUCAAUGGCGGCAUCACCAUCCAGGAUGUAUCCGGGUUGACGUCGUUCUCGGCGUCGGAUUUACAGAAAGUGAAUGGGAAGAUCUAUAUCUCCGGGAAUGACGACUUGACGAAUUUGUCGUUUCCGGAUUUGGAAAAAGUCCCCGGGGAGAUUGAUAUCGAGGGGAACAAGGAGUUGAGGGACAUUGUAUUCCAAGAUUUGAAGAACGUCGAUGGAAGUUUGAUUCUGGAGGGGACUUUCAACGAGAUCAAAUUCGGCGAUCUCGAUAAGGUCAAAGGACAAACGGUGAUUCAUUCCCAUGGCGGGUCGUUUCGAUGCUCGAGUCUCAAUUCUCUUCGUGAUGAUGACGAUGACGACGAUAACAAUACCCGCCGUCGCCGCGACAACAACAACAACAACAACAACAACAACAACGGCGCCUUUCAAGGAUCUUACACCUGCACCGACGGUUCCAGCAGCGGACUCAGUGCGGGCGCCAAAGCCGGUAUCGCCAUUGCCGUGAUCGUACUCGUCCUGCUCAUCCUUGUUGGUUUGUGGAUGAUGUAUCGGAAACAGCGGAAGCGGCGCAGAAGACAGAAUGAUGAUCAGAGCCAAAUGAUGUAUACGCCUGUCGGGGUCGGCCUUCGGGGCGGCGGUGGUAGUAGUAAUCGAGACGAGGAGUCGGCAGCUGGUGAUGAGAAGCCUGUUACCGGAGUCCCGAAUCCCGCCGUACUCAGGCAGAAUAGCGACCCUGUUAUUGCGGCUAGUGCCAUUCCCCGGAAACCGAUAUCGCCGCCACCGCCAUCAAACGAGAUGAACAGGGAAUCUAUGGUGUCCAUGUCGACGUCUCCGCCCCUCCCUGCUGCGUUGGUCCCAGGAGAUCGCUCGUCUGCGUCGCCGCCGAAUGACGCGGAUGGACGAUCACUGUUCCUGCAUCCGAUCCCCCGGAGGCGACCGUCGGAGACGGAUGUGCCGUUGCUGGAUAGUGGUGACGUGCAUGAGGCGCCCGGAAGUCCAGUACAACGGCCAAUGUUUGAGCUAGAUGCAGGGCCCGUGCGAGGAACGCAUCAGCAACCUAUUAACCAUGAGUAGCAUGCGCUGCAGUUUAUGAUUUGCAUAUCCAAUGUAUAUACCUGAGCGGUCAAUAGUCCAAAAAGAUUCACGAAGAUAAGAAUAUCUAACUGUACAUUAGAUCACGAAUCAUAACAAAGAAAA